AUGUCAGGAGGUGACCCAGUGGAGCUGGGGGAGACAGCAGGUGUGACGGGGGAGGAGAAGGCGUGCAGAAGGGGAGACAGGGAGGAAACACCUGCAGCAGGUGGAGCUGAAAGCACCAACCAGCAACUCCGACGCCACCAGCUCCACCGGCAGCGCCCCAAGUGUGCCAGCCCAGCGGCCCAGCACCACUCCGCCAAGACGCUGAAAGGUGAGGCGUGUGAGCCCCACUCCCAGCCGAGGCAAGCGGCCCUCUUGGAGCGUGGACGCUUUAACUGCGGUGUUUCCCUCACUCCGCAAGCCGGAUGCUGUCUGCUGCCCACCGCCACACCGGGUAUGAAGGCAGGCUUCAUGAGCGUGCACCUAGGCGAGCACAAUCUGCGCAAGCGCGAUGGCCCGGAAGUGCUGUGGACUGUGGCUCGCCUCGUCCCGCACCCGUGCCAUGAAGCACGCAGCCAACGCCACGACGUCAUGUUGCCACGUCUAACCCGGCCCACCUGCCUCUUCCCGCAAGUGCAUCCUGUGGCGCUGCCCACGCGUUGUCCCCAACCAGGCGAGGCCUGCGUGGUGUCCGGCUGGGGCCUGGUGGCCGAUGACAAGCCUGGGACCAAAGGGAGCGCAAGGUCACAAGGUGCUGCGCCCCCCAUCCAGUCCCGGAUCAUAGGAGGCUGGGACUGUAAGAAGAAUUCCCAGCCCUGGCAGGCAGCUCUGUACCAUUACAGCAAAUUCCAGUGCGGGGGCGUCCUGGUGCACCCCCAGUGGGUGCUCACAGCUGCCCACUGCAUAAAUGACAAUUAUCAGCUGUGGCUGGGUCGCUACAACCUGUUUGAGCACGAAGACACAGCCCAGUUUGUCCAGGUCAGUGGUAGCUUCCCACACCCUGGAUUCAACCUGAGUCUCCUGGAGAACCACACCCGCCUCCCGGGAGAGGACUACAGCCACGACCUCAUGCUGCUCCGCCUGGCAGAGCCCGCCCAGAUAACCGAUGCUGUGAGGGUCCUGGACCUGCCCACCCAGGAACCCCAAGUGGGGAGCACCUGCUACGCCUCCGGCUGGGGCAGCAUCGAACCAGAUAAGUUCACAUACCCAGACGAUCUCCAGUGCGUGGACCUCAAACUCCUGCCCAACGAUGUGUGUGCCAAAGCCCACUCCCAGAAGGUGACAGAGUUCAUGCUGUGUGCUGGAUACUUGGAGGGCGGCAAGGACACCUGUGUGGGGGACUCCGGGGGGCCACUGAUCUGCAAUGGCAUGUUUCAAGGAAUCACGUCCUGGGGCCACAUCCCAUGCGGCAGCCCCAAUAUGCCUGCUGUCUUCACCAAAGUGAUUUCGCACCUGGAGUGGAUCAGAGAAACCAUGACAGCCAACCCUUGAAUGCCCCCAUCGUGUUUCCUACCCCAGUAAACUCAA